AUGAAUAAGAAAAAAGACAAGGAGUUUGUUGAUAAAAUGCUUGCUAAGUGUUUUGAGGUGAACAAUAUCGCUUUUAAUGUUGUUCAAACUGGUGUUUUUGGAGAAUUUGUUAAGGCAAUGGCUGAAUAUGGUGUAGCAUACAAGCUUCCAUCUUAUUCAACUCUUCGAACUAAGUUAAUUCCAGAAUCUAGAAAAGGCGUUGAUGAGUAUAUUGAUAUGGUGAAGCAUUCUUGGGAUACAUCUAGAUCUGGUUGCACUAUAAUGUUUGAUAUAUGGACUAAAAUAAGGCACCGAUCUUUCACUAAUCUUGUGGCAUAUUCACCUGGCAGUGCAGUUUUUAUAAAAUCAUUGGAUGUUUCUCGAGAAAGAAAAACUAGGAUUUAUUUGAAAGAAAUUGUUGUUUCUGUGAUUGAAUCAAUUGGACAAGAACAUACGAGGUGUGCUGCUCAUGGAAUUCAGCUUCUUUUGAAAGACAUUUAUGAAGAAGUUAAUUGGGUAAAAGUUGCCAUAGAUGAAGCAAGAAUAAUAGUUAUGUUCAUGACACGGGGUUUUGAUUAUUGUAAGACCGAAUCAGGUAAAAGGGUCACUGAAAUUGUUCAAAGGGAUUUUUGGGCUAGAGGAAGGGAGGUUAUAAAAACUAUUGAGCCAUUGGUUCAAGUUCUUUGUUUGGUUGAUAGUGAUGGAUCUACUGCUGGUUACUUAUAUGAAGCAAUGAUGAGGGCAAAAGUUGCAAUCAAAGAAAGAUGUAAUAGUGAGGAAAUCAAAGAGGAUAAGGAGAUGAAAGAUGAUAUCAAUUUCAUUCAUGAAAACCUGAUUCUAAUAGAAGAAAAGCAUCCAUUUAUGAGAGAGGUUCAGUUGUAUCAUAGUAGGCCAGCUACCUUAUUUACUGCAACGGCAAAAGCGAUGUUACAAACAAGUCAUCCUCCGCUUCAUCAUGUGAGAGAAAUUGGAGUGCCUUUGAAGCUGCUCAAACAAAAAAAAGAAAGGAAUAGGUUGUCACAUGAAAUGCUAGACACACUUGUGUAUGUGAUGAUGAACACGAUGAUGAUGGAUAAAUUCACUUCCACGAUGAGUCGUGACUUGGAACCUAUAGAUCUUGAGAAAUUGGGGGAGCUUCUAGACUAUGAAUAUGAAGAAAUUCAUAUGGACGAAGAUGCUAAUGCUACACCGACAAUUGAGGGUUACAUGGAUGACUUAAUGGAUAAUGAUGACAUUGCUUGGUUGGAUGAUGCUCUUUUUUGA